AUGUGUUUAAAUCCCUCUCCCCUCUACAUUCCUUCUAUAUUAGCGUGGCCUUAUCAUGGCUACACAGGGACCCAGGUGGAGGAAACACUUCCAUCCCAUAACGCUGCCAUCCCAAUUCGAGCAAGCUGGAACAAGAGCCUUCCAUCCACCGUUACACCCCUGGUCGGUGCAUGGUGUGGGUGCAUGGGCGCCUGCCGAAACUUCUUCCUGUACGACAGGAACCAGCUGCCACCAACCGCAAGCCUUCAAGCAUCACUUCCAGGGCCCGAGGAUCCUCCUGGACCCUCUUUGCUGCAGAUGAGCUCUUCCACGCACGUGGCUGCCCUUCCCUGCCUGAGUCUGAUCCUGCUUCUCUGCAGCCCGGGGCCAUGGGUCCAGGGCCAAGAAUUCCAGUUUGGGCCCUGCCGAGUAGAAGGCAUAGUUCUCCAGAAACUGUGGCAGGCCUUCUGGGCCGUGAAGGACAUUGUGCAAGCUCAGGAUAACAUCACGAGUGUCCAGCUGCUGCGGAAAGAGGUUCUGCAGAACAUCCCGGAGACUGAGAGCUGCCACCUCAUCCACGCCCUGCUGAGGUUCUACGUGAACACUGUCUUCAAAAGCUACCGUGACAAGGCAGUUGAAUUUGGGAUCCUGAAGUCAUUCUCUACUCUGGCCAACAACUUCUUUGUCAUCGUGUCAAAACUGCAAGCCAGUCAGGAAAAGAUGUUUUCCACCCGCGAGACUGCACGCAGGCGAUUUUUGCUGUUCCACCGAGCAUUUAAACAGUUGGACAGAGAAGCAGCUGUGACCAAAGCCUUUGGAGAAAUGGACAUUCUCUUGAGCUGGAUGGAGAAAUUCUACCAGCUCUGA